GACCCGGAACGCCGUUGCCACCCGCGUUCCGUGUGACCGUGGGCAGGCUACAACAAACCACCGAAGGGAGGAAACAACGGAGGCCAUCAAUGAUCUCGAGAUUCCCAAACCUCCUUCUUAAGUACUGCGGCGCCGCCGCAAGCCCACGAAGCCACCGCUUCCUCCAUCGCCAACUGUCGCCCCCUCUCGCCCUCACCAUGUCCGACCUCCGCCCGCCGGAGCACCAAGUCGCCGGCCACCGCGCCUCCGCCAACAAGCUGGGUCCGCUCGUCGACGGCUCCGGCCUCUUCUACAAGCCGCUCCAGGCCGGGGACCGCGGGGAGCAAGAGCUCGCCUUCUACGAGGCGUUCUCCGCGCACGCCGCCGUCCCGGCCCGCAUCCGGGACACCUUCUUCCCGCGGUUCCACGGCACGCGGCUCCUCCCCACCGAGGCGCGGCCCGGGGAGCCGCAUCCGCACCUCGUCCUCGACGACCUCCUCGCGGGGCUCGAGGCGCCCUGCGUCGCCGACAUCAAGAUCGGCGCCGUCACGUGGCCGCCGAGCUCGCCGGAGCCCUACGUCGCCAAGUGCCUCGCCAAGGACCGCGGGACCACGAGCGUUCUGCUCGGAUUCCGCGUCUCCGGCGUCCGGGUCGUCGGCCCCGGGGGCGCCGUGUGGCGCACGGAGCGCCCGGAGGUGAAGGCCCUGGACACCGCCGGCGUCCGCCGCGUGCUCCGGCGCUACGUGUCAUCCGAGGGGAUGGACUGCGCGCUCGCCGCGGCGGUGUACGGCGGCAAAGGGGGAGUCUUGUCACAGCUGCGCGAGCUCAAGGCGUGGUUCGAGGAGCAGACUCUGUUCCACUUCUACUCGGCGUCGAUUCUUCUGGGCUAUGAUGCUAGUGCAGCUGCAGCAACCGGAGGUGAGGGUGGGGUGAGGGUGAAGCUGGUGGACUUUGCCCAUGUGGCCGAGGGUGAUGGGGUGAUUGACCACAACUUCCUCGGCGGGCUCUGCUCGCUGAUCAAGUUCAUAUCUGACAUUGUUCCAGAGACCCCUCAGACGCUGCCUUUGGGUCCUUCUUAAGAAGAGGAUCCUGGCAUUUUCGAGUUGAUAACAACGUCCUAAAAAGUUUUGUCUGGGAAAGAAAUCUCCAAGCUGCUGCUGGGUGUGGAAAUUUGCGACGACCGGCUAACCUGGUUGCCUUCCCUGCCAACCUACGGCAACCUGUUCCUUUUUUGAAACCCUUCUUUCUUCUGAAGAAGUUUGCCACUUUGGGUUCGAGUGUUGGAUCUGAUUGCAUAGUACUAGAAGGGUGGAAAAAAACUAAAGGUUGCCACUCAGUGAUCUAGGCUGGCCUGGUAAGCAUGCAGGCGUGUUGAUCCGGCAACUGUACUGCUGCUAGUCUUGCGCUGCUUGCCGUUACUGUGUGAGCAGAUUUUUCUUUUCUUGGUUUGCUAUUCUGCGGCGAAGAUUGCAUGCAUGUGUUGGCCUGAUGGGGGGGCAGUGCUAGCUUUGAGUAGCAAUUCGCAUUCUGCUCUGAAACUCUCUGAAACUACUACUGGCCUGAUGGGGGUAGUAGUGUUAUAAAACUCGAUCUCUGUCACGCUUGCCUGAUUA